GCCAAAGUAGUAAAUGGCAAACCGGCGGUUAAAAACAUCAAAACAAAUCGAAAUUUUUUGAAUUCAAGAUGGAUUGUCGAUUAUACGAUACGAAAUUAGCAAACCAUCAAAUAUUUAAAGACCUUAAAGAAAGUUUGAAAGAAGAUAGUGGUGAUAAAUUGCGUAAUUUGUUUGCUCUUAAGGACGAUGUUCUGUAUGCUUGGAAUUCUAUAGAAAACUGCCUGUUUUGUAUUAAUCUGAAACGUCUGGAAGAUCACGAUGAAGAAAUACCAUAUCAGAAACUCCACCUACUUUCGCCACCAGCUUUCACCGUAGAGCAUAUUGUGAGCAGCGAGUGCGGAAGUCGGCUCUGCCUCUGGGGGUCCAGAGGAGUUACAGUCGCAGAGUUGCCGUCGAGAUGGGGCCGCGACGGUUUAUUCGAAUCCGGCAGCCAAACUAUUUUAUGCAAGAGCUAUUCAUUGGACGAGAGGUUCCUGUACUCGCAGGGGGAGAUACACAGAGUGCAUUGGCAUCCGAAAUCAUUGUCGCAUCUGCUCGUACUCGUGUCUGACAACACGAUGAGACUGUACAACAUAGCACUGAAAAACGGUCCGAAAUUGGUAAAGAUCUUUACAAUCGGACCGAAGCCGUCCGGAUCGCUGGGUCAGACGGUCCUCGACAGCUUAGGUGAUACGGCUAUCGACUUCACACCUACGCCGGACGCGGAACACUUGCUCAUACUCAGUGGCAACGGUGACGUUUAUAUGUUGCAGUGCAACUUGGAUAAUAAUGGGCUACAAGCGAAGUUGAAGGGUCCUCUGCCAAUGUACCCUCCAGCGGAUGACAACUACGGCUCGGAGUCCUGUGCAAUCACAGCCCUCGGUGGCAUCGACACCCCCACCCUCGUAGUGAUAGCCAGCGCGUCCGCUGCACUGUACCACUGCCUACUACUACCAAAUUCGUCAGAUGAACAAGACGACAGUCACGCCCUCUACGUGAUGGAGUCCGUGGAGCUGAACGUCACGCUGGAUGACGAUUCCGCCAUGCAGUACAUGUGUCCAAUGCAUUUGUACCCGGCGGGCCGCAGCACGUACGCGUGCGUGCACGCGGGCGGCCUGCACUGCGUGGCGCUGCCCGUGCUGGAGCGCCUCGCCGACUACGCGCUGGCCGACGAAGGCGAGUGCGAGUGGCAGGUGCAGGCGCUGUGCGUGCGCGCCAGCGUCGCGCGACACGUGCUGCGCUCGCGCGCGCCGCGCGGCCUCGCGCUGCGCCGCGCCGCGCCCGCCGCGCCCGCCGCGCUGCUGCUGCUCACGCACAGCGCCGACCUGCUCGCCAGGCACGUACCCGCACGCACGCACGCACGCACGCACGCACGCACGCACGCACGCACGCAGGCACGCACGCACGCACGCACGCACGAAGGCGAAAAGAUAAAAUUGAGUAUUUCUUUUAUAUUUUCCAGGACGAUUGAACCAUAUAAUCUAGAGGAGCAAUUAUUCAGAGCGGUGCAGAUGAGGAAUCCAGCUUCAGACGAAGAUGAAAUCAAUAGCAUGAUUAAAGAGAGGCAAAAGUUGUCUUUCAUGACGAUAAUACAAGAAGUUUUGGAAAGAAAAGUCUCCCAGCCGAUACUCAAGUUGGACAAGAAGGAAGAGCCCAGUCCUAAGGAAUGCUUGGAGCUGCUGACGCAGUCGACGGUGAAGCUCCGCGGCGAGUACAUGUCGCGCCAGCGGCGCGCCAGCGACGUCAUCGCGCGCAAGCUGACCGCACUGCGGGCGCUGCAGCAGCAGCAGCAGCAAUGGCGGCGAGACCUGCUGGAGGAGGUCGAGAACCUGAGACUCAACUCGGCGAUACUGAGAGAGAAACGUGAUCUCGCCGAGAAACAUCAGGAGGACCUGAAGUAUAGGUGCUCGGCGACGGUGCGCGCGCUGCGCUCGGGCGGCGUGUCGGCGGAGGAGCGGCGCGCGGUGGGCGAGCUGCUGCAGCACCAGCGCGCCGCCGCCGCGCUCGCGCAGCGCCUGCACGCGCUGGCGCAGCGCGCCGCCCAGCGGGACCUGCAGCUGAAGAAAUGCCAAGAGGAAUAUAAACAGAAGGACACUGUCUUGGGGAAGUCUCACAGCGAUACCAUAUCUUCGAUACUCCAACAGCAAACCACUCAGAUAUCAAAAAUCAUCGAAGAAACGAAGCUGCUGAAGGAUCAACUCGGAGUUGUCUAAACCACCGACACAGCUCUUUAAUUCAUUUCAUGUCAU